AUGGACAUAGUGAUAUGCCUCUUGUCAAGUCCAACUGUAAUCAAACUUGUGACAAAAACCGUAUUAGAUGGAAGGAAUGAUAAAUACAUAUGCAUUGCCGUCGAUAAAGGGAAUAAGAAAUCCCUUUCUUCUCUCUAUUUACUACAAACGCCGAUCACAAGUGAGCUUCCUGCGAUUGUUUUAGAAGUCCAAAACAAUAUUGAAAUAACAUCAAUUGAAAACUGCUUACAAGUAGCAGAAAAAGAUGACUUCAUUCUUUUAUGUACUGAUCAAAUUUCACCAUCAAUUAAAAUUAAACUUCUAGCCAUAGUUAAUAAUCCCUAUUGGUGGCAGCCACACAGUGCUUUUAAGCCAAGAAAUGUAUAUUUUUUCCGAAGGUUGCGAUUAAUAAUGACUAUGAUGUUGAUCAGAGCCUUGAUCCACUUGCGGCACUUAAAUUAUAUAUUUCUAGCAAUUGAAGCUCAAGGAUGUAACGAAUUCAACUAUUCAACUCUUACAGACUGUGACAGAGAAAUGAAGCCUGUUGCUACGCCUGAAGUCAGUGCACAAACAGAUGUAAUUAAAAAAGACACUGGCUCGGAAAAGGAUGUCGCUGGUUCUUAUACACCCUUACAAUUGAAAGUACCAGAAGUAAGUACAAUAGAAAUCGAAGAGGAAUCAGCUGUUGAAGCAAAUAUGGUGGAAGCGGAAUCGGGAGUUGUAACUGGAGUUAAGCUUACACACGAGAAAGAUGAGGGUGUUUCUCCACCCAAGUACAGAAGGAGUCAAAGGCUCAUGGAUAAGAAAAAAGUUUAA